AUGACAUUUAUUGAAAGCUUACCCGACGAGCUUUGGCUUAAAAUAUUUUCUUAUGUUUCAUGUUGGGAUUUAUUUCGUUGUUUUACUGGACUUAAUCAACGUAUUGAAGCAAUACUUAAUUCAAACCGAUUAAAAAUUAGAUUAAAAAAUGAUCAAAAUUAUGAAAAAUUCGAAGUCUUAUUUAAUAUAUUACCAGAAUAUAUUAUUGGUUUAUGUAUUGACUAUUACCAUCAAGAUAUUGAUAUAUCUCCAUUAAAAAAUUUAUGUUCACUUCAUUUAAGUCAUGCCACUGAUAAACAAAUCGAAGAUAUUAAAUCACAUUAUUUCAAAUAUUUAAAACAACUUGAUAUUGUUGUUUGUUCAAUAAAUAAUCAAUUGGGAGACAUUCUUUUUAGUAAAAAACAAUUGAAUUAUUUAACAACAUGUUGGCUUCCUAACCUAGACUUUUAUUUUGAAGAUCAUAAAUCUUAUCAACCAUGUUUGACAUUACAUUCCCUUCGUCUGAAUUAUUGUCAUAUGAAUACAUUCUUGAAACUUUUAUAUUAUCUACCUAACUUAACUAGUUUUGAAAGUGCUCUAAUUUGUUUACCCUUAUCAAAUCAAUCAGUUUCUUUUCCAUUAAUCAAACAUUCAAAUCUUAUUCAUUUAAAAAUUUUGUUACGUGCUAAUGUUCCAUUGUUUGAUCUUAAAUCAAUACUUUUACAUAUUCCUUAUCUUGAACAACUUUAUUUAAUUAUUGAUAGACCUAACAUUCCUCCAAAAGAUUUCGAUUUAGCUGAAUUGACUAACAUUAUACAAAGUCAAGCACCGAAUAUGAAAAAAUGUGAUAUUAAAAUAAAUUUACUUUCAACGAAUUUAAAAAUUACUCAUAGCGAUUGGAAAAAAACAAUAUCCUUAUAUGCUCAAACAGAUGAAAAUCCGUUCGAAAGAAUUAUUGGAACUUAG